UAUAGAACGUACAGGGCGUGAGCUCCGUACAAAUUGGGAGUUUUAAAGCACACCAGUUAAAUACGUGUAUGUAGUAUAUUCUAAAGAACCUCGUUCCUCCACAUUCAUUCAAAUCAAACGGUUGAGAUUUAGUUUUCCAACAACUAAGAAAAUUGAAAAGAAGAAAUGCAUCUAGAAAAGAAAAGCUGAAGAAACUGCUUAUGUUGAUUUAAACCCAUCUCCUGUAAAGACUCGUGAGUUUUGGAUUUGGAUCACCAAAGACAAAAGUUUAGUAUUGUCGUGUCUGUAGUGGCAUAUACCAGGUAGUUUGUGGUGCCGCAGUCAUAGACGAUUAGACAUCUGGAAGAAUGUAUGUACUUCACUGAUAUUUAUCGGAAGAAGAGAGUGUUAAUUAAGUAUAGUUCCUAUAGAAGUUUGGUCUGAAAAGGAUCUUCGUAAGUUCCAAAGUCCUCUAUCUGGACCAAUAAUAAAUGUUAAUAGCAAUGAGAGCCUGAAAUAAACUCGAGUUGCUGGCUCACAUUUUAUGGGUAACUGCUUUGUGCCUUAGUUAUAAAACAUAAAGUGUAAACUAACUUUACGUUGAACCUUCAUACAAGAUUAUCAGACUACAUUCCUCAGGGUAACGAUGAAAUUCGCAGAUAUAGAACAAGGUGAAGUUUUAAGCGAACUUCCUAUUUGUGAUAAAAACGAAGAAACCGAACAGAAUAUUAACGAGGCUCAAAGAUUGACGCCCUAUUCAUCAGGAGAUUUUGAAAACAUAGCCAGGACCGAAGGAUGUGCUAAAAGUCUGUCUUCGAACAAAUGCGCAGGACUUGCAAGUGUUAACGGACGACUUUUAUCCAAAAAUAAACAGUCGAAGAUAUUACCAGGCCGCCACAGAAAGAGACUGAUAUUGAAAAAUGGAUCCGCCAAUGUCAUCGCUAAAAACGUAGCAAAGAGACGACAGCGUUAUCUUCAGGAUCUUUUCAUAACGUUAGUUGACAUACAGUGGAGAUGGAACUUGUUGGUAUUUUCAAUGGGGUUCAUUAUUACGUGGUUAUUUUUUGCCAUUAUCUGGUGGCUAAUCAACUAUUCUCACGGGGACUUUCUCCAUAUGAAUGAUACCAAUUGGGAGCCUUGCGUUCAUAAUAUAAAGUCUUUUACGUCAGCGUUCCUGUUUUCAUUGGAAACUCAACAUACCAUAGGUUAUGGUUCCCGAUAUGUCAAUGAAGAGUGUCCUGAAGCCGUCUUUGUUUUGUGUCUUCAGUCUAUCACUGGAGUUAUGAUUCAAUGUUUUAUUGUAGGCAUGGUUUUUGCCAAGUUUUCUCGUCCAAAGAAACGUCAACAAACUCUCAUGUUCAGCCAGAAUGCCAUUGUCUGUCUUCGUGAUGGUAAACUUUGCCUUAUGUUCCGUGUCGGUAACAUGCGAAAGUCGCCCGUGAUUGGUGCUCAAAUCAGUCUGCACUUAAUAAACAGAAAAACGACAACAGAGGGUGAAGUUAUCCCUUAUUAUCACUCCCAGUUAGAUAUUCGUCACGACAGUGCCAGUAACAGUUUUUUUCUGUCGUGGCCAGUAGUGGUCAUCCACGAGAUUAAUCAGCAUAGUCCACUAUACACCAUGUCAGCUGAAGAACUUAUUCUAAAGGACAAAUUCGAACUAAUAGCUAUUUUAGAAGGGACUACUGAGUCAACCGGUCAGUCCUUCCAAGCCAGGUCCUCUUAUCUUUCUCAGGAGAUUGUAUGGGGCCAUCGUUUCGAACAAGUAAUAUCCUACUGUAAGGAAACUGGUGACUUUUUGGUCGACUACGGAAAAUUUAACAAUACCUAUGAAACGGAAACCCCACUGUGCAGCGCUAAGCAGUUCUACGAAUUUCAGAGGUCUUUCAGCAUGGAUUGUGAAAGGUACGAAAACCAUAACAAGACAAGAGAUCAAAUGAAAACCACAGGCUCACUCCGUAAACCCGUUUUUGACAUUAUAGAAAGUCGAUCCAUUAACUCCACCGAAUAAUGCUGAAUUCAAGAAUUUCU